AUGGUGGAAACAAAUAACCUCACACGGAUCUGGGAUGCGAUCAAAGGAGUGCAGGGAUCAAUAGACAAUUGCACAGAUAGCCACCAGACUCCUACGAAUGCGGUAUCCAGUUUUUCCUCGCCUCCCAGCAACACGGAAGUGCCUCCAUCUCCUAUAGACCAUUCCAAGGGGACUGUUGGUCUCCCAACCUCUUCUCCCUCCCCAGUGCCUCCGGUAGAAGAUAUAUCUCCGGUGACGAUUACUAGCUCUCCUAAUCCUCCCCACCCUAUCUCUUUCCCCCAACCCCCCUUCGUAGAUGCAGAUGAAAGUGAUCAUGAGGGGUCUGGCGGCUGGCAGAUACAAACAAGCAAAAAGAAGAGAAGAACCUCUUGUUUGGCCUCUGGACCGGAGCCCAACAUUCAUGUUUCACCUCGCCCAACACAUGAGAAGAGAUGUCACGGUUCCCACGUCCUCUCCUCUCCACCACCGUGA